GUCCAAGAGUUCUCUUUCCUCCUUUCUUGCUCCCCAGCGCUGCUCCCUCUUCCUCUCCCUCCUCCGCCCAGCUCUUCUCCACCGACCGGAGCCAUGACUUCUUCCCAAGCCACACACCCCAUUUUUCAGGAAGGAGAAAACUGCAAGCCCACUUGGAAAGAUGCGACCGCAGGCUUCAAUCAGACAGAGACCCAUCUGGAGAUCCUGGGCAAGCCAGUGAUGGAGCGCUGGGAGACCCCUUACAUGCAUUCUCUGGCCACUGUGGCCGCUUCCAAAGGAGGCCGCGUCCUCGAGGUGGGCUUCGGCAUGGCGAUUGCAGCCACCAAGAUCGAAGAGUUCCGCAUCGAAGAGCACUGGAUCAUCGAAUGCAACGAGGGCGUCUUCCAGCGGCUGCAGGAAUGGGCCAAGACACAGCCGCACAAGGUCGUCCCCUUGAAGGGACUGUGGGAGGACGUGGUUCCCACGCUGCCCAAGGAGCACUUUGAUGGGAUCCUCUACGACACCUACCCGCUGUCGGAAGACACCUGGCACACCCACCAGUUUGGCUUCAUCAAGGAUCACGCCUACCGCCUGCUGAAGCCGGGUGGGGUGCUCACCUACUGCAACUUGACGUCCUGGGGCGAGUUGCUGAAGAGCAGGUAUUCCGACAUCGAGAAGAUGUUUCAGGAAACUCAAGUUGCGCACCUGCUGGAGGCUGGCUUCAAGGAGGAGAACAUCCACACCGCGGUCAUGGACAUCUCGCCGCCGGCUGAGUGCAGAUACUAUUCCUUCCCCAAGAUGAUCACCCCCACCCUCAUCAAGUAGGGCCCCCCCCCAGCACAGAAGCCUGCCUGACCCCCACCGCGAAGGAGAGUGUCAGAAAAGGAGCAUCGGCAAGACUUGGGGGGGGCGGGGGGGGGCUAAGCCGCUGAACGGCGUGAGGGGGCAUCGUGUGGGAUUCUCCCCUGGUCGUCUGGCGAAACAGCAUCAUGCCACGAGGGAUGCAAGGAAGACUGCUCAGAGCAAAGGGAUGUCUUCUUGGAUCCAAAAGAAUUCGUGCCAACCCCCUUUUCCCAGUA